AUGGAUCAAACUACUCGUCUCUACGCUUCAUCUUCAUCUUCUUCCUCAUACCAACAACAACAUCCACCAAAAACUAUCAUAUCGACCCAACCAUCGUACCAUAACUCCAUUCAUUUGGUCCGUAAAUCCCUCCAAAAACGAAUCACCAAGCCGUUCAUUGCACCGUUACCCCCCACCCCAACUAAGGUUUACAACGUCGAUUCUUCCAAUUUCAAGAAAGUCGUUCGUGUGCUCACUAGCACGCCCGAAUUUCAGUACCCGUCUGCACGACGCCUAAAAGACAUCGCCCCGCCGCCUCUUAUCCUCUCUACGAUACCAAAACCAUCGUUAUUUCCCAAACCAACACCACCUUCGAAAGGUGGAGGAAUGGUGAGCCCGCUGCCGACCUUCAUGAUGUCUCCGGAUUUUUGUAACUUCUUAAAUGAAACAUUGGAUACCACUAGGUUUACUUCAAAGACAGAUGAGAUGGAUCAUUUUGAGGGUUUGAGUCCGGUAGGGUUAGGUUUGCCAACCAAGCCAGGAGCGUAUGAUCUGUUCAGCGGUGCACUCAUGAGUCCGGUGGGGUUCAAUUUGUCACCAACCUCACUUUCAUGGUGUUCUUCGAUCCUUCUGAGCCCGGAGAACCUUUCCUCCUUCAAUCAAACCUCCAUCCUCUAG